AUGAAUUCUCAAGAAUUUAGAGAAAUAGGAAAAGCUACGAUUGAUCUGAUCGCCGAUUAUCAUGAUAAUAUUAGAAAUAGAAAUGUAUUACCCUCAGUUGAACCAGGCUAUCUUUUAAAACUAUUGCCUGAAGAGGCUCCUGAAGAACCCGAAGAUCACAAAAAUGUUCUUAAGGAUUUUUGUGAAACGAUAAUGCCUGGGAUAACUCACUGGCAAUCACCACAAUUUCACGCAUAUUUUCCAACUGGACAAUCGUUCGCCAGUAUUAUAGGAAGCAUCCUUAGCGAUGGAUUAGGUGUCAUCGGUAUAACAUGGAAUGCAAGUCCUGCCUGUACGGAACUGGAGGUCGUUACAAUGAAUUGGCUAGGAAAGUUAUUGGGUUUACCUGAGGAAUUUCUCAACUGCUCUGAAGGACCUGGAGGCGGUAUCAUACAGGGCUCCGCAAGUGAAGCAACUCUUGUUUGUCUGCUGGCGGCGAAGGAUAAAAAGAUACGACAACUUCUAGAAAAUGAUCCGAAUUUAGAUGAAGACGAAACUAAAAAUAAGUUUGUUGCAUAUACAUCGGAUCAGUGCAAUUCUUCUGUUGAAAAAGCUGGUGUACUUGGUUCGAUGAAAAUGCGGCUCUUGCCAAGUGAUAACAACGGUCAAUUACGAGCACAAACAUUAAAAGAUGCAUUUGAAGAAGAUAAGGCAAAGGGUCUUAUACCUUGCUACUUUGUUGCAAAUUUGGGUACCACAGGAAUAUGUGCUUUUGAUCCUAUUUAUGAACUCGGACCAAUAUGUCAAGAAGAAGGUGUCUGGUUGCACGUUGAUGCAGCCUAUGCGGGAGCUGCAUUUAUAUGCCCAGAAUAUAGACAUCUAAUGAAAGGCAUAGAAUAUGCCGAUUCUUUUGAUAUGAACGCACACAAAUGGCUUCUUGUGAAUUUUGAUUACUCAGCAAUGUGGGUAAAAAAUUCCUAUGACUUAAUAAAUGCUUUCGACGUUCAACGUAUAUAUUUAGAUGAUGUUAAAACAGCUGCUAAAGUUCCGGAUUAUCGUCACUGGCAAAUGCCACUAGGCCGUAGAUUUCGCUCUUUGAAGCUAUGGACUGUGAUAAAAAUGUAUGGAGCAGAAGGUCUGAGAAAACAUAUCAGAGAUCAAAUAAGUUUAGCACAGUAUUUUGCUAAAUUAGUGCAAAACGAUGAAAGGUUUGUAGUAGAACCGGAGCCAUCUAUGGCUUUGGUAUGCUUCAGACUUGUUAAUGGUGAUAAAAUUACAAGAGAAUUAUUAGAUAAUUUAACUAAGAAGAAGGAAUUAUUUAUGGUUGGGUGUACCUACAGAGGGCGAUUCGUUAUAAGAUUUGUUAUUUGUUCUCGAUUUACUAACAAGGAAGAUGUGGAAACUAGCUGGAAUAUUAUCAAGGAAGAAGCAGAUCACUUAAUUCCAGAAAAAAUGAACGCUAAAUCACAUGCAAUUUCAGCAUUCGAUCAGUUGGGAACUGUAGGUAUAUACGAAAAAUCUAAAUAA